AUGAUGUUACCAAGCCCGGUCACCUCCACCCCUUUCUCAGUCAAAGACAUUUUGAAUCUGGAGCAGCAGCAGCAACAGCACUUCCACGGCGCGCACUUACAGGCGGACUUGGAGCACCACUUUCACUCGGCGCCGUGCAUGCUGGCCGCCAGCGAGGGGACGCAAUUUUCUGACGGAGGAGAGGAAGACGAGGAAGAAGAGGGCGAGAAACUGUCCUAUUUGAACUCACUAGCCACAGCCGACGGCCACGGGGGUUCGGGGCUCUGUCCGCAGAGCUAUGUCCACACAGUCCUGCGAGACUCGUGUAGCGGGCCUAAGGAACAUGAAGAGGAGCCCGAGGUCGUGAGGGACCGGAGCCAAAAAAGCUGCCAGCUGAAGAAGCCUCUGGAGGCGGCCGGAGACUGUAAGGCGGCGGAGGAGAGCGACAGGCCCAAGCCACGCAGCCGCCGGAAGCCCCGGGUCCUCUUUUCGCAAGCCCAGGUCUUCGAGCUGGAACGCAGGUUCAAGCAGCAGCGGUACCUGUCGGCGCCCGAGCGCGAGCACCUCGCCAGCAGCCUGAAGCUCACGUCCACGCAGGUGAAGAUCUGGUUCCAGAAUCGCAGGUACAAGUGCAAGAGGCAGCGGCAGGACAAGUCCCUGGAGCUGGGCGCGCACGCGCCCCCGCCGCCGCCGCGCCGCGUGGCCGUGCCGGUGCUGGUGCGGGACGGCAAACCGUGCGUCACGCCGGGUGCGCAAGCCUACGGCGCGCCCUACAGCGUGGGUGCGGGCGCCUACUCCUACAACAGCUUCCCCGCCUACGGCUAUGGGAACUCGGCCGCCGCCGCCGCCGCCGCUGCCGCCGCCGCCGCCGCCGCCGCGGCCUACAGCGGCAGCUACGGCUGUGCGUACCCGGCGGGCGGCGGCGGCGGCGGCAGCGGGGGCAGGGGGGCUACCGCGGCGGCCGCGGCCAUGCAGCCCGCCUGCAGCGCGGCCGGAGGCGGCCCCUUUGUGAACGUGAGCAACCUGGGUGGCUUCGCCGGCGGUGGCGGCGCGCAGCCCUUGCACCAGGGUGCCGCGGCCGGGGCUGCGUGCGCGCAGGGCACCUUGCAGGGCAUCCGGGCCUGGUAG